UAUUGACUGGCCACAGACGGCGUGAGGUGUGCGUUUAGCCCAGGUCCCCCACCCCCCAAAAUCUCCAGGAGUCAAGAGAGAGAGAGAGAAAGAGAGAGAGGGAGGAAGUGCGAGAGGCGAAGAUCAAAAAGCGAUAGGUGCCAUUUCGAAAAAGCCAAAAUCGGAGAUUUUAUAAGAAGAGAGGAAUGGCCAGCCCUCUUUUCUCCAUAAAAGUCUAGAUGGCCAGACAUGACACCGGACACUGACGGACCAUGCGACUCUGGAUACUCGUUUGCACACUGCAUCUGUCUUGGCUGGACCCGAUCUCGAGGCGUAUUGCCGCUUCUCCAACAAAAAGAGAAGCUGAUUACACUCUCGAUGACUCGUUUUGGAACGAAGAAAACCCAGUGGGUAAACAGACUACAAGGACCUUUUCAUCAGAACAUACCGCAUCACCAGGUGAGGUGGAGAGGCUCCUCAGAGAAUAUAGGCAAAACCAAGAGCUCGUUAGAAACAUCGGAGCGCACUAUUACCAAAUUAUAUACCCCGUCCAACUUAGGCACCAUGAGAAGAUGGGAAUCUCCACGAGGGAGGUAGGGACAUCCAAGUUCCCACCACGCUACGCCGAGGGAGGGAACUACAAACCUGAAAGGCCCAGCAAUACUUUACGCCGGACUGGGAAACACUUUCAUAGAACGUCCUUGCUCAUUAAAGCUUUUAACCACAAGUUUAGACUGGAUCUGGAGCUCAAUACGCAACUUCUGGCGCCAAACCUGAUGCAGAAGCACUUUCUACCCAGCGGCGCUGAACAAGUAUCCAAGCAGGAAAUCGAGCACUGUUAUUACCACGGUACAGUGAAGGAUUAUCCUGGUGCCACGGCCGCCUUCCACACCUGCAACGGCGUUUCGGGUGUCAUCCACGUCGGCAACGAGACGUUUGUCAUACAUCCAUUCUAUGGAGGAGACCUUUCCAAACACCCACAUGUGAUCUUCGAGGCGAGAACGAAGGCGAACAAGGGUUGUGCCAAUUCGGGUAAUUCUGGCCGCAACAUGGACUGGUACCGGACGAGGUCACCCCAUUCCGGCCUGACAGACCAUCCCUCCAGCCGGAUAAGAAGGGAUGUGUCUGAAGCCACCAAAUACAUCGAAACCGCCCUUGUCAUAGACAAGGCGAUGUUUGAAAAACGGAAUGGGAGUACGAGGUCUGAAGUGGUCCACGACGCGAUACAAGUAGCAAACAUUGCUGAUUUGUAUUUUCGAACACUGAACACUAGGGUUUCAGUGGUGUAUAUAGAAACGUGGCAGGGAGCCAACCAAUCUCCUAUAGAUAAGACUCAAGAUAUCAGUCGCGCUUUGCUCAAUUUUAAUGAUUACACCUCUAGGAACCUAUAUCAUGUCGAUAAAGACACUGCACAGUUACUAACCGGAGAGGUUUUUCAAGGCGGAGAGGCAGGGAUGUCAGUUCCGGAGACGGUAUGCACGGCCAAAUCCGUCGGGAUUAGCGUGGACGUCAACGCGUAUGAGCUGCACCUUCUUGCCGGAACAAUGGCCCACAUGAUCGGCCACAACAUCGGCAUGGGUCACGACGGAGGACGUGAAGAAUGCGUCUGUCGGGACUGGCAUGGCUGCAUCAUGGCGCAGACGAUCGUCGGGCUGGACAACGUUCAGCCUUAUAAGUUCAGCGAGUGCAGCCGGUCGGAUUACAACAGCGCACUUAGGACUGGCCACGGUAUCUGCCUCCUGAACAAGCCCAAUGAGCUGGAAGUGAGACGGAGCUGCGGGAAUGGACUGGUCGAAGAGGGCGAAGACUGUGACUGCGGUACCAUCCAGGAGUGCCAGGAGCUCGACCCCUGCUGCGACCCGUACACCUGCAAGUUGAAAAAAGAUUCUGAAUGUGCAACUGGCCCCUGCUGCACGGAUUGCAAGCUGAAGCCAAUGGGCACGGUGUGCCGGGAGUCUAACAAUGAGUGCGACCUGCCCGAGCACUGCAACGGAGAACAGGGCCAGUGCCCACCGGAUGUACAUAAAAAGAACGGAAACCCUUGCGCAGCAGAAACCGGCUAUUGCUUCAACGGCAUCUGCCCGACCCUCGACCUGCAGUGUGGUCAGAUCUGGGGAAGCGGUGGACGAGCUGGAGACAUAGAAUGCUUUAAACAAUUCAAUUCUAAAGGCUCGUUUAGCGGCCAUUGUGGAACUGAUAGUGAGAAACAAUUCAUAAAAUGUGAUAAUGAAAAUGCUCGAUGUGGUUCGCUGCAGUGUCAGUCUGGCAGCAGCUAUCCAUUACUUGCUGGUGUAGAUCAGCUUUAUUCAAGAACUAUUAUUUCCAUGAAAGGUGUAGAGUAUGAAUGCAAGACCACAAGUGGUCCCACAGAUCAGCCGGAUAUCCCAGAUUUAGGGUUAGUGAGGGAUGGGACGCCUUGUGGCGAAAACUUGAUAUGUAUCAACCAAACUUGCACAAGUAUCUUCCCACAUAUUGACCAAGGGAGGUGCCCGAGCAAUCACAAUAACCUAGAGUGUUCUGGCCACGGUGUGUGUACGAAUGUGAAUAGAUGUUACUGUUUCCUCGGAUGGUCUGGGACCGACUGCUCCCUCCAAGUGGAAAUCAUGAUCUCACCGUCGAUUGAGCCGACGGAAUCGGCCAGUGAUAUUGCCAAGUCGAAAAGUGCCAAAAACAAUUUGGAGAGCCAGAUGAAUAAGAAAGAAACGCCCUAUGAAAAUUCUCACAGUACCAACACUGUGAUGCUGGUCGGUACAUUAAUGUCGGUGGUGGGGGGCGUUUUCAUAGUCUUUGCCCUGAGUGCCUUGUGCUACAGGUCAGUUGUUGUCCACAAAAACUUCUCUCUCUGCCUCAGGAGAUCUACAAUGCCAAAGAUUGAUGGUUCAUACUCGAAGAAGCCAUACUUCAAGGACACACCAAUAUUUAACGCUCAGAGCGACACUCCUUCUGAAGAUGUUUCAAUCGAGGCCAACAAAAUGCUUAGCUUCGGAAGCAUGCCAAGCUACAGUGGUCGAGAUUCUCAACGUGUUCACUACCGGCCAAUAAACCACAUGGGUGCAGGCGCUCCAACAAAUAGAUUUCAAGAGCAUAAAAUGCAACAAAUGAAGCGAUUGGGAGUCGGUUCAGGGAGUGAAGAUGAUCCUGGUCACUCUGGAGAAGAGGAGACCGUAUCCUUCAUUGAUCUGCCUCCCAACAAUCUGCCAAAGCUCCCUGAGAAGGGUAUCCUAAAAAAGCCUUGCCCUUAUGGCGGGGAUGAUGCCUGCCUCAAAGGGAAGUGGCUCGACGACUCCCAGAAUGAUGCUCAAGAAAUGUUGUCACAGAGUGACAACAAUCUAAAUGCUGACAUGCUAUCUGCUGGACCCAUUUCUGAGGUUGAGCGCACAUUGAAAUCUCUAAAUGGGUACCAUGAGGACAUUCUAGAAGCGCUGCGAACAGCUGCAACUCGCCACCAUACAGGAGGAUCCACCACUGCAUCAAGUGAUGACCUCUUAAGAAGGUCCCUUGCAGCAGCGGCUGCUCUAGAAUCGGGGUACAACAGGGUAAACAGUCAAGACAAGCUCUGUGAUACCAGUCAUGGAUCACAGACGCAUGUAGUGAUGGUCGAAAAUAGUUCCCCAACCCCAUCUGGCCACCACCACCAUAGAAGAACCAACCACAGAACAGACAACCAAGCAGAUGACGAAGAUGAUGAAGAUGUGCCUCCAUGUGGACCCAUACGUAUCAGAAAUUUAGAAGAUCUCAUUCGCCAACUUGAACACAAAACGACUCGGCAUAUGAGCCCUUCUGGUUCUGAGGAUAUAAGAAUGUCAGAAACAGAGGCCGAUCGUCACUACAACCGCCUCGACUCCCAAGGAGGAAGAGUGAGGGGGGACUUUAUGUACGGGAGGUAUCGCCAUGGACCAGGUUCUUCGAGCGGAUCCCAACGAGGCUACUUGCCAGAGGAGGAGGGCAUUUACGAAAGUGCUGACCAGGAUCGAGGGCCACCUCCAGACACCCCAGACAGUGAAAGUGAUGACUUUAUUCAAGCUCAACGACGACUAGUCCGAUCGGGUAGCGACGAGGAGGAGGCUGGGAGCGAAGCUGGUAGAUGUUUCUCGCCCCCGGAGUCGCCACAACGCCACGAGGAGACUCCUUCGCCCAACAAUGACCAGUCGGCACUCCUGCCCGGACCCAAAUAUCCAGAGUAUAAACACUGAUACACUGCAAGCCUCUCCGCCAUAGACCGUCCAGUACGAGUGUUCUACCCAGACAAUAUGAUGGAGGAACUACUUAAUUUUAAAUACCCACCCUCUUUGUGAACUACUGAAAAAUGCAGAAAAAUACCACUAUAUCUCUCUUAUAACAAUAAAGAAAAAUCAAUAUCCGUAUUUAUCAAGAGAUUUCAAGCUUUCAACCUGACUUUGUAUUUCUAAAAAAAUGGUAAUUGCGGAUCUUGUGAUUUCUAAACUUAUCCAACUUACCUUACAAUUUAUUUCGAAAGAAUUGUGAUCAACUAUUAAUAAUUAAUCAAUGUUGGCUAAUUUUAAUUGCCUAUCCUUUAAAGGAUAAAGGCAGCGUUAGAGAGAAUAUAAAUUUUACUGUUUGUAUGUAUCCAAUCUCUCAUCAUACACAGGUGCCCUAUCACAAGUUUGCCCUCCAACCGACUAAAUGUAGAGAACAUUUUACUAAGUACAGCAUUGACAAUUUUUACGACCAACAAUUAAUGCUCAGACCUAUAUCAUCUAGUGCAAUCAAUUCCUUUUCCAACUGGUUAAGAAAAAUUCAAAAGUAAAGUCUAAGAAGUUGGAUUUUUGACACCAUCAUUAUUAAUCUGUUCAUGUGCUGAUGUGAAUUUUUUUAUACAGGAUGUACACAGAACUUUUAAUCAGCCCUGGAAUUUCUGAAUUGAUUUUAACUUGAAUUUAAAAUUAAGCUAAUUUAUCAAUUUACAUUUACUGUGUCUUAGAAAAAUUUUUAUAAUCUUUUAUU